AGUCACAUGACGCGACGACGUCACGCUUUCGUACGCUUUUGGAUUUGGACAGGAGAAGAUGGCAGCCUCCUCAGGAGUUAAAGUCCCUCGUAAUUUUCGUUUGUUGGAAGAGCUUGAGGAAGGACAGAAGGGUGUCGGUGAUGGGACGGUGAGCUGGGGUCUGGAGGAUGACGAGGAUAUGACUCUCACACGGUGGACAGGCAUGAUCAUCGGACCUGCACGAACUAAUUAUGAAAACAGGAUAUACAGCCUGAAAGUGGAGUGCGGACCUAAAUAUCCCGAAGUACCUCCGACUGUUAGAUUUGUAACGAAAAUUAGCAUGAAUGGAAUAAAUAAUUCCAAUGGGAUGGUGGAUUCACGUAGCAUACCAAUUCUAGCAAAAUGGCAAAACUCCUAUAGCAUUAAAGUCGUUCUUCAAGAGCUAAGGCGUCUUAUGAUGUCCAAAGAGAAUAUGAAGCUUCCUCAACCACCGGAAGGACAGACAUACAGCAAUUAAUUGUAAAUGAUUGUUAUGACCCUCUGUCUUAAACCUCUUAGAAAUGUCUUGUAAACCAUCAGAAAAAGAAGAAACAAAUAUGAUUCACUCCACACACAAACGGUCUCCUCUGCGGGGGCACGAUUGGACAUUUCUAUUAGUUUAGCUUGAGAAACAAAGCAAAACGCCUUUAUUGUGUGGCACCAUGUUCAAUUCUGUUUUAAAGUUACGAGUGCACAAACCUCUUCUCUUCCAGUAAGAUUUACAUCGACCAUGAGCUUUAUGAUGAUGAACUGAAUCCAGUCAGCAUAGACGCAGAAAGAAGGCAUGCUAGGUGAGGUUUAUAUACAGAUCUGUUCAUUUUAAGUUAAAGUAAGGGGACACCAAAAAAAUAACAAAAAAACAUAGGAUGCAUAUACAACGGCAUGCUUAUUCAAAAAAGAGAGAAACAUAAAAAGCAGCUUUUUGUGUGUGUGUGUGUGUGUAUCUGAACCCCACACUGACAAUAACGUUAAGGGUCCUAAAAGUGUGCCUGUAGUCUGCUAGUAUCGCUAAAGGGGAUGGAGCCGUGCUGAACUUCUCUUCUGUUUCGUUUUUAGUUUUUAAUGUCUGUAUUUGACACAAUCGCAGUGUGUUUCAACGCCUUCUGUUCUGAAAUCAAACCGUGCACAAGGAUCUGUCGGGUGCAUUAAAAUAUGACUCUCCAACCUGCUGUCACACUCUGUAUACGAGUCAAUCACACGCGGCAGAAAAAUACGCUGAGAUGUUACUGUACGAAUAAAACCGCAAACCCUUGCCAUUCAGGGACGGGAUUCAGAGAGUGGCCGAUUUGCGGUUUUGCAUCAUUAGAAUGACACAGCCUUAUUUUCACAGUGAUAAGAUUCAUUUCCUACAUCAGUCCUACCAGUAAACGCUCACAUUGAUCUCAUGUCACUGCUGUGUAACUCAACACAAGUGUGUGUUGUUGUGAUCCCUAACAUUUAAACCGCUCAUUACAUAAGUUUAUCUAAAGCGUUUGAAGAUUUUACACACUUCGUAAGGUGACGUACUGUGAAAAUCAGUUCAGAAGUGAGUUUGAGGUAGGAAUCACUGUUUUGUGUCAAUGGUAAGGGUUUGCUGUAUACUUGCCCUUGCUUUACCACAGUGCUUUAUGACUCCACCUGUAACUGCGACAGCAUGCUGUUAUGUAGCUCUUAUCAUACCACCAACUAGUACUUCAGAAAUGAUUACAUUAGAACCACUGUUAUAAUCCUUAGGUACUCGAACGAGGAGAAUCAUUCAAUUCAGUUGUAAUUCCAGUGAAUGGUGGGGGUUUGUUGUGCUGUUCUUCAUUUAUGCUUAUGAUCUUUUUAUUGAAGUCUUCAUUAGCGAAAACGAAUAGGCAGUUAUUGUGCAAAUUAAUAUAUGUAGUGGCAGUUUUCUUACGGUCUCGACAUUUUCAGAGCCACAGAUGAAUCACCCUGUAAUGCACCUAAGAAAUAUUUUUAUUUUCUCCUCCCUGUUCAGUUUUUUUUUUUAAGACAUAUUAUCAAGUUAAGUUGAAUUUGUGACACCGGGACUAUGUUCAGAAUAAUAAAACAAACAUUGUGGAACACA